UUGGAGGAGGGACGAGAGCCAGUAGCGUGGUGCAGAGGGUUGAGUGUCUCUGGAAAGACCAGGGUUCGAGUCCCCACUCAACCAUGGAACCCAGUGGGCGAGUCACACCCUCUCAGCCUCAGAGGAUGAUGGCCAGGGCAAAGUGAAGAACACUUUGCCGGCACACAGCGGAAGAGACAAGGAGGAGGAAGAGGGAAAGGUCCCCUCCCUGCCAUGGGGGCUCUCCUCCGGCUGGAGCCCUGGCCUCUGCUCCUGGCGGGGCUGCUCCAGCCCUCCUCCGUGGCCGCCCUCCAGGAGGCUGCCAUGGCCGGCCUCAGCCCCAGCCCCGCAGCCCCAGAGACCUUGCCCAGCACUGGCACCCCCGCCGGCGAGGAGACCCGGCUCCACGUCUUCACGCUGGAUUACCCCCACGUCCAGGUCCCCUUCGAGAUCACCCUCUGGAUCCUGCUGGCUUCCUUAGCCAAGAUCGGUUUCCAUCUCUACCACAAGUUGCCCCAUGUAGUGCCUGAGAGCUGCCUCCUUAUUCUGGUUGGAUUGAUUCUAGGGGGGAUUAUAUUUGGAGUACAAGAAAUGUCACCACCAGUGAUGAAGAGUGAUGUUUUUUUCUUGUAUCUUCUCCCUCCGAUUGUCCUUGAUGCCGGCUAUUUUAUGCCAACACGCCUCUUCUUUGAGAACUUUGGUACUAUUUUCUGGUAUGCAGUUGUGGGAACUCUCUGGAAUUCCUUUGGCAUUGGCAUUUCACUCUUUGCCAUUUGCCAGGUUGAGGCCUUUGGCCUGACUGACAUCACUCUCCUGCAAAGCCUCCUCUUUGGCAGCUUGAUUUCAGCUGUGGAUCCUGUGGCAGUGUUGGCUGUUUUUGAAAACAUUCAUGUCAAUGAGCAAUUGUACAUCCUAGUUUUUGGAGAGUCACUCUUGAAUGAUGCUGUAACAGUGGUCCUGUACAACUUAUUCAAGUCUUUUUGCCAGAUGCGUACAAUUGAAGUCAUUGACAUAUUUGCUGGAAUUGCUAAUUUCUUUGUAGUUGGCAUUGGUGGAGUCUUGAUUGGCAUCAUACUGGGAUUUGUAGCAGCUUUUACUACUCGUUAUACCCAUAAAAUCCGAGUGAUUGAGCCACUGUUUGUCUUCUUAUACAGUUACCUGGCAUACAUAACAGCCGAAAUGUUUCACCUUUCAGGUAUUAUGGCGAUUACUGCUUGCGCUAUGACCAUGAAUAAAUAUGUGGAGGAGAAUGUUUCUCAGAAAUCUUACACUACAAUAAAGUAUUUCAUGAAGAUGCUAAGCAGUGUCAGUGAGACACUUAUCUUUAUUUUCAUGGGAGUAUCUACAGUUGGAAAAAACCAUGAGUGGAACUGGGCCUUUGUUUGCUUCACUCUCCUGUUCUGUUUGAUUUGGCGUGCACUAGGCGUUUUUGCAUUGACUCAGAUCAUUAAUGUGUUUCGGACAAUUCCUAUAACAUUUAAGGACCAGUUUAUUAUCGCCUACGGAGGUCUCCGAGGAGCCAUAUGCUUUUCACUUGUUUUCCUGCUUCCUUCUGCUGUGUUCCCUAGAAAGAAGCUUUUCAUUACAGCAGCUAUUGUGGUGAUAUUCUUUACUGUUUUUAUUCAGGGAAUAACAAUUCGCCCACUGGUGGAAUUUCUUGAUGUUAAAAGAGCAAAUAAAAAGCAACCAGCUGUCAGUGAAGAAAUUUAUUGUCGGUUCUUUGAUCAUGUGAAGGCUGGCAUUGAAGAUGUGUGUGGACACUGGGGUCGUAACUUUUGGAAAGAUAAGUUUGUAAAAUUUGACAAGAUGUACCUGAGGAAACUUCUGAUUAGGGAAAGUCAGCCCAAAUCAAGUAUAGUAGCCCUGUAUAGGAAACUUGAAAUAAAACAUGCCAUUGAGAUGGCUGAGAAUGGAAUGAUGACUACAGUGCCAUCUCUAGCUUCUAUCAGUGAGCAUCAAGAAGAAGAAAAAAGAAGUCCUUCUUAUCCUGUCCAGACAGAUGAUAUAAGAGAUAUUUUAACAAAGAAUCUCUAUCAAAUACGGCAGAGAACACCAUCGUACAACAGAUACAGUCUAGCUGAAGACGCAAAUGAAAAACAAGCUAAAGAAAUCUUGAUUCGUCGCCGGCACAGCCUGAGGGAGAGCAUUAGGAAGAGCAACAGCCUGUCAAGACCGCCGACUUCCAAAGCACCACGUUACCUUUCACUACCUAAAAACACUAAACUUGCUGAGAAUGUACGGAAAAGAAAUCAGUCUUCUUUCAAAGUAAGUGAGAGCAGCGAUUCUGAAUCUGACCAUACCUCAGUGCUGAAUUUGAAGUCAGAAGCUGGGAGAAUUUUGAGAGACCAGAGACUUCGACAGCAGCAGUGUAGAUUUGAAUGGAAGAAUGAAAUGGAGAGGGAUGACAGAGACCCAGGAAGUCAUCCUCUGGGAACCAGGGGCUUCAGGCAACCAUUACUGCCAAGACCAACAUUUGGCACAGUGAGUGAAGAAGAGGCAACAGAAGAAGACAGAUCAGCCAAGCCAGUACCACCACCUCGGCUAGCCCGUCAGUCCUCGAAAGCAGAAAGGCCUAGAGAUAAAUCCGAGAAUGAACCAUACUGAAAAACUAAUACACAGAGUAAAUAUUAGUCAAGAACAGAUGUAGCAGGCCAGUACUCUGUAGGCUGUAAGUGAUCAGCUGGAUCCAUUUAAAGGUAUAGUCCCCAAUACUGGUACAAGAUGGGAAGGAAGGAAAAUCAUGUUCUUUCACUAAGUUGCCAGGAGAAUAGAGGGAUCCUUAUCUGCUAUAUGGAGCCAAAUAAUGCAACAAUUUUGCAAUUAUUUUCUAAUUUCUACAAUGAAGGGAACUUUUGCCAAGUAUGUACUGUAUUGUAUUUUUAAUAUGCACAAUUUGUUUUAUUGUAAACGUUGUCAAUGGUGAAUUUUAACUAUGAGUUGCACUGAAAAAUUGCACAAUGCACCUCCUUUUAAUGGGACUUGCAAGAAUGCAUGCUCUGCAAGUGUUUUUCUAAGGCUGGGGUUUGCAAAGUGGCAUGCAGUCCAUGUGUCCAUUUCUUGUGGCCUCCAGGACCCCUAUCAGAAAUAAAAUCUUUUUUCAGUUUUGUUCCAGAAUUCCCCAGAUGCACCCUAGGGGGCAUUUACACCAGAUUAGGAGGCCCCUGCAGGGGUUAAAAACAAUUUUUGCAUUUUUCCCCCAAAAACUUUUUUGCC